AUGGAAAAAAAAACACAAUCGGAGCCUCCGGAUCCAGGCGAAAUUUUUUAUAUGCCGGAGACAGAAUUCCUUCCAUCUACUUCCUUCUCUAGAAAACGCUCUGGAAUACAACAAAAUAUCUUAAACAAAAAAACUAUUAUUGAUCCUUCGACAGCUAACCCAUCUAUUCAAACAGUUUAUCUGAACCCCGCUUUUAACAAAUUAAUUAAUUCUUAUUCUGACUCUGACAUCGGACCUUUCAUAAUCCAUAUUGCAAGAGAAGAACCAGACCCGUCUGCA